CUUUUCCACAACCACCGCAACCGCAGCAAACCACGACCACGACCACCUCCCCACCAACCAACCAUGGCCUCGCAGAUCGAGAAGGAGCUCCGAGAGGUGCUGGACGGCAUGCAGCAGCUGCAGACAGAGAAGAACAGCCUGAUUCAGACACGGGAGAAGCUGCAGACCCAGCUGUCCGAGAACAAGAUGGUCAAGCAGGAGCUGGAUCUCGUUAAGGAAGGCGACACUGUGUACAAACUCAUGGGGCCGGCGCUGAUCAAGCAGGACUCUAGAGAGGCCCAGACAAACGUGGGCAAGCGACUCGAGUACAUCGAGGCGGAGAUCAAGCGAUAUGAGAAGCUGAUGGACGACAACGAGGCCAAGGCGGCAAAGGCGCAGGAGAAGGUGCUGGCCCUCAAAUCCAAGCUGGACAAGGAGCGUGAGGCACAGUCGAAGAAGCAGUAGGCGUUGGUUUGUGCGUGUAUUUGUGUGUACGUGUACUGUAGCGUUCG